CGGCCCCGCGGAGAAGGCGGCAGGCGUCCCCGGCGAUGGCGGCGGGGUCGGCGCGGCUGCAGCUGGCCGUGGUGACGCCGGCGGGGAAGCAGCGCGCUUCGCUCAUUGUGCUGCACGGCUCAGGUGACAGCGGUCAAGGAAUGAAAGAUUGGAUCAGACGGACUUUGAAUCGGGACUUGGCUUUCCGGCACGUAAAGAUCAUUUAUCCGACGGCUCCCCUGAGGCCGUAUACGCCUAGGAUGGGAGAACUCUCCCCUGUGUGGUUUGACAGAUACAAGAUCUCGAUUGACAGCCCAGAACACCUCGAAUCCAUUAAUUCGAUGUGCCAGAUACUCACUGAUUUGAUCGAUGAUGAAGUGAAAAGUGGCAUCAAGAAGAACAGGAUACUAAUAGGUGGAUUUUCCAUGGGAGGAUGCAUGGCCUUACAGUUAGCAUAUAGGAAACAUCAAGAUUUGGCUGGAGUGUUUGCUCUUUCUAGUUUUCUCAAUAAAACAUCUGCUGUUUACCAGGCUCUCCAGAAAAAAGAAGCCAGCCUUCCUGAACUGUUUCAGUGCCACGGGACGGCUGAUGAGUUAGUUCCGCAUUCGUGGGGCAGAGAGACUAACUCGAGGUUAAGAUCUUUGGGGGUGACCACAACGUUUCAUAGUUUUCCACGACUUAAUCAUGAGCUGAACCGAGAUGAGCUGGAACAGCUGAAAUCCUGGAUUGUAAAGAAACUACCCGAAGACGCAGAAACGCCCAGCGCGUAAAUGACGUAUUUUACCGUUCUGAAAUGAUUGAACACGGGCGUCCCGCCUUGAUUUUGGCCGAGGUGUUUUUCGAUCAAGGAUCGCGAUCAUUAAAAUCGUGAAAUCACUCCCCGU